GCAGAGGAUACAGCCAUAGAGCCACGGCAUCUCAGAGGUACUGUGUGGACAGCAAUCGCUGGUAUGAGAAACACACAGCAGAAGUCUGCAGUCGUGUGAGGAGAGUCACUUUUUCUAAAAAUCUGAAACAGAAGUGUCUCACAAGAAUGUGCGUGAAGAUGUGAGAAGAGAACGGGCAACAGGCAUCUGAACCAUCUAAACUUAGUGUGUGUGUGUGUGUGUGUGUGAGAGAGAGAGAGAGAGAGAGAGAGAGAGAUCAAAUGCAUAAAAAAUAAUGUGUGUAAGCGCUGGAAGAAUCUGUAGUUUCCAGAUUGUCCUUGCUUUUUAAUGCAUAUAAAUAAAACCAAACAUAAAUGCCCAUGUCUGAUUUUUCAUUUCUUUAACUUCACCCACUCAAUUCAAAACACAAAGAAUCCUUUACAACCCCCACUUCCUGUUUGAUCUUCACCCGAGUUCCUGUCCACACAAACACACACAACGGCCAGUUGUUUGUGAAGGCAAAUUACCAGAUCGGUUCAGGACCUCUGCCCUGGAUAAAAGUCUCCUGCAUGCAGAGCUCAGGUUCUGAAGUGAAGAGUUUGGAUGUGCAUGUCUGAUCUUUAAAACCCUCCGUACACCUUCCAUUGAAUUGAAUCCCCCAAUCUGAUGGUGUGAUCGGAUCAUCUGUAGAGGAAUAAAGAUGAAACUACUGAUUAUUCUUCUGUUCACCCUGCAGAAAGUUCAAAGCACUCCUAUUUUCUGCCCAGAAACUAGUGACCUUGGUUCUGAUCAGCUUCUGAUUGGUUGUCUGGGUGUGCAGUUCUCCUGGCUGUAUGCUGUAUUUGAUGACCUGCUGUCAGUGCUGGAGUUUGCUGUUCAUCUGCAUUGUGAGACCGGACUUUGUCCCGCGGACAUCCUAAACCAUGGGCAUUACUGCAGUAAUGCAAACACAUGGGACAAAGCACACACACACAUACAGCCAGCCAACACACUCGACAGUUGUUGUCUUACCCACUGGAGAUGUUAUCAGGGUCUAAAGGAGAGAAACUGCAGUCGAAGGAUCCCAACACACACCAACUACACCUGCGGCUACAACUCCAGCUGUGACAUGCUGGAUUUCUGCGAUGAGGGAUUCUGCCGUUGUGAUCAGUCAGUUAUAGACUGCAUCAGCUCUAACUAUCCUAACAAACAGGAUGGAAAUAACCAACCAAUCACAUUACAGACAGAUCUUCUUGAUAAUGACACUUACACCAGCGAGAUGUUUAAUGUAACAGACAGGCUGGAGCUUUAUCCAUCAGACUUCGACAUGUAUGGAGUCAAUGACACACUAAAUGAGACUAUGAGCAACUCCACCACUGAGCUGAUGUUGGUCAACGGCUCUCAAACCAGCAAUAUCCACAGCACAGAGAACCCUGGGAUAUAUCAGACUGGUCCAGAGGAGAAUAAAACACAGGAGCUAGACAGAAACUCAGAAAGAGGAAGUGAUGUAGAGAGAGAGGAAGAGGAGGGGAUGGAAUAUGAAGAUGAUGUCUUCAAUGUGACUGCUGUGCUGACAACAGAAAAAUGGGACGGAGUCACAGAGGAAAACGUUUUUUUUCCUACCCACAAUGCUACGGACAUAAGCGCAAAUAGUGAACUGACAGGUAGCACGGUGCUAACCUUAACAACAGAAACGGUCACAUUCUCACCACACGCAAACACACUUCAUUCUACAUCACACACAAUAUCACCAACCUCUCAAACACACACUGACUCACACCCUGAUCACCACUCAAGUGAAGAAGAGGAGGAAAGCGAUGAAGAAGCUGAAGACAACACGUUAAAACCCUCUGCGUACACAACAGCACACACAACACACACUGUAAAACCUCUUACACACAUAUCUGCACAUAUUACAGGUACACACAAAACAACUCUUCUCAGAGAAAACACUGAAGAAAAGGAGGAUGAGUAAGUAGAGGACACAGAAGAAGAACAAGAAACAGAACAGAAAACACAAACCAGCCAAAGCCCUUAUACUCUUCUGAUGACCACACCCACUCAAACCAUAACCAAUCAAUACUCUCAUCACAGAAUAACCACAUCCAAAGCAACCAAUGAAAAUGCAGCAGAACGAGACGGUGAGGAGGAAGAGAUAUCAGUUGAAAAAACAGAGAAAGAUAGUGAAGAAGACAUGGGCAUGGACAGCACAACAAAACCAACAUCACACUUCACACCAGCCAAUGCAAACUCACAUGGAUCCACAUCUAAAGAAAACCAAGAAAGUGAUGAAGAUCAACAGAGUAGUGAAGACGGUGAUAAAACAAGUGUUGUGGGGCACAAUAACAUUUUCUCUUUGAAUAACCGAACCACUGCUAGCUCUUCAAUGCCCACCAUCAUGACACCAGGUUUCACGGCCAAAGUUUCCAAUUGGAUCAAUCCAGCGCCGUUCCCUAAACCUUCUGUACAGAACGCAUCCCCAAAACCAACUGCACACACAACUUUAAAACCAACAAUGAACCACAUAACAACAUCUACAGCUCUCCACAAGCCCAUCAGCAUUCCUGAAAAUAUUCCUCAACAUCAGAAACCUACCCAUCUACCCCUGCACCCGCCACCUGCCGCUCUGGUGACUCCCACAGCUCAGGAAGAGUCUGCUGAGGAAGAGGAGCAGGAGAAAGAGGAAAUGAAAGAGCCGUCUGACAGCUCACAGGAAUCAGAGAAGAGAGGUUCUGCCCGGAUUCAGAGGCGGGCGCUGCCAUUCUCUGCCUGGUCUCUGCUGGAGGCUGCAGGACUUUCAGAUCUAGAAGAGCAGAAAGAAAGUGAAGAAUGUAGCAUGUCUCUCUUCCAGUAUGAUACCGCUGGACAGGUGCUAAAGGAUAUGUCUGCUUUGGGAGAAAUGCUCAACUGUCUGACAGGACGAUGUCCUCACGAAUAUCAACACUACGGCUGCUACUGUGGACAGCAGGGAAGAGGAAAACCAGUAGACCAGCUGGACCGGUGCUGUUUUCUGCAUCAGUGUUGUUUGGAACAGCUGAGUGCUCUGGGCUGCAGGAGAAACAGAAAACUCAAUGCUCAGAUCAGCUGUCAAAAAGGAAAGCCACAAUGUGUGGGUACAAGCGUGUGCAACCGUCUGCAGUGUGUCUGUGACCGUUCCACCGCUGAGUGCAUGGCUGCCUCCUUCUUCAAUCAAUCAGUCACCUCAUCAUGUUCUGGGCCCCGCCCACCAUGUCACCGCAAUCCACAUUCUUCAAUGCAAUCGGCCAAUCAGGACUCUAGUGAGGAGAGCAAUGAGAUGAGCCCACAACGUCCACAACUAAACACACAAAACCAGUCAAACAUACAAGUCCGGCCACAAAUAUCGACAAGUGGAAAGAACCCCACACACAGUAAAACAGAAGGAGGCAACAAACAGGAGGAGGAGGAGGAAGAGGAGGAGCCAGGAAAAGAAGAGGAAGAAGAAUUGGAACAGUAGAAUGAGCUCUUUCUAUAUUUUUUAUUGUCCGGGAGCUCUAAAUUAUAGAGGCAUCAGCAAAAAAAUAUAACAGACUUCAAAAAAUUAAGAUCAGCUAUUCCUCAUCAGAUAAGGUUCGAUCCAUAAAAAAUUGCAUGGAUCUGAUAGAAGUGAGCAACUGUACAGGUAAAAAGCACACCUGUUACAGGUCAUUUGAGCACUCUUGUAUAAGCAAAUCUUUCUGACAGAAAUAAGAGAUGCCAUCCAUCUCCAUUAAAAAGCUCUCUUCUAGGACCACUGAACAAAAUAUUGUAUUGUAUUGUCUGUAAUCAUUGUAUUUGUAUUUUUUUUUUUGUAUUUUUAUAUUUCUGAACAUCUUGUUUAAUCCACUUAAAGUGAUAGUUCACACAAAAAUUCUGUAAUCAUUUACUCACCCACUUGUCAAAACCUUCAUGACUUUCUUCUGCAGAACACAAAAGAAGAUAUUUAGAAGAAAGUAGGUAACCCAACAGCACUGAACCCCAUUUACUUCUAUUGUAUGGACACAAAACCAAUGCAAGUGAAUGGGGUUCAGUUAACAACAUUUAUCUUAUUUUGUGUUCUGCGGAAGAAAGUCAUACAGGUUUGAAAUGACAAAAGGGUGAGUAAAUGAUGACAAUUUUUAUUUUUGGUUUAACUAUCCUUUUAAUAAUAGAUUUUUUUUUCAAAUGUAAUAAAAAAAUAAAAACAUUUGUCGUGGUGAAAUUGCUGCCUAAAUCCUUACAGAUUAAUAGAAGUUAGGAAAAUGCUGUAGUGUUUCCUGAAACUUUCUUAAUUUUUUUCUGGGAAUUUUAUAAACACUGUCCUGAAAUGUUUGGGUCAUAUUUAAAGAA